AUGGUUGUGUCGCCACUCUUCUGGGAAUGGUUCAACGUUUGGCUCGCGCAAUUUCUCAAGAAUCUGUAUCAUGAACUCAAGAUGGUAGCGAUAAGAGGGGGUAAUAGUACGCUCGGGAACGUGCCGCGCGGCUGCGGCUUCGUCAGCCGGCAGCCGACGAUCGAGGUCUCGCAGAACCUGAGCAUGCCGCACGCGGUACCGCCGAACGUGAGCCACCGCCACCACCAGAACCACGCCGGGCAUAUGCCCAACCUCAUGAACCACUCCAACCACAUGAGCCACGUGAACCAGCCCGUGCAUGCCAAUCACCACGAGCACCACAAUCAGAAGAGCGUGAACGUCAAUCAUGGUAACUUCCACUCCGGCUACGGGCAGGGCAGCGGUCAUAGCGUCAACGGGCAUACGAGCGCGGGUUUCAGUCAUGCCAACAUGCAGCCGAUGCAUCACCAUAACCAGAUGGGUGGGCACAAGAUGCAGUACGUUCAGAAGUCGCCGCGACAUUCGAACGCCUCUCGGCCGUCUCAGUAUCGGCCGUACAGUUAUCCGCGGGCCUCAACACCACACAUGCCCAUCCCAGGCGCGGGGGCAGAAUGCUACCAUCCGGCUGGCGGGGCGGGUCCCGCGUACAUGCCGAGCGGGUCCACGGGGGCUCCGAUCCAGGGAAUGAGAGCUCAGAGCACGCCACAGCCCUCUGCGCCGCCCCAACCAGAGAUGCCGAAAAACAACAUGGGUGCUCAUAAUUACGUAUCGCCGCCUAACGCGACACAAUCCGCUCGCCCUCAAUAUCCCAACUUCCAGUAUAGAGCCGCGCAGCAUACAACGAGACCAGCAUCGCACGCCAGGCAACAACAGCCGUACAUUCCGGCAGCGGGCGCCACAGCCGGCGGGCCUGUUAUGUACCACCCGACGCUGCUAUUUCAAACUGCCCACAUGCAGAUCCCCCAGAGCUAUCAGCCCCGCUCGACGACACCUGGAUUCUAUCCGUAUAUGCCCUACGUGUAUACCAACACAAAUCCAGGCCAUUCCUCGCCGUUGACUUACCCGCCAGACUUCUAUAACGGACAGGCGGUAGCGGCAAAUGGGGCCCGUACGACUCAGGGGCCCCUGGUGCCACAGCCGGCGGCGCAACAUCAGCCGCAACCGCAGCCACACAUGACUAUAUCCGGUGUACGUCAAGGCCCGGCGAAGCGCAUGUCACACAGAGUCCGCAUUGUCGAUCCAGUCACCCAACUAGAUGUAGUAUUAGAAGAUAUAUUUGCGAAUGAUAGUCAAUAUAUUAGUGCGGAAUCUAGUGAAAGGCAAACGCCACAAGCGCAGGACAACUCAGCGAGCAUAGUCGAGGAGUUCACACGCCUGGUGAGCGAGGCGGCCAACCAGGCGACCAGCUGCGAAACGGGCAAAACGAAUUAUGUACCUAAAUGUAACGAAGUGCCUGCCGCGACGGCCGGCGCAUCGCAACCUCAAGCAAACGCAAUAAACUCUAAUAAUAAUAAUGAAAUAGUAAAGUCUGAAAUUAUUGAUAGUAAGCAAAUAGGGACCGACGCCGAGACAGACCCGCCGAUCGUCUCGGCGAUAUCGGACAGUCCUGUGAUAGUGCCUAAAUUAACGAGUAAUAAGCUCCAAAAGGGAGUCGAGAGCCCGAUAGUUGAUAAGAAUCCGAAAGCGAAGAAACCACACGUGCCUCAGAAUGAAACGGAUAAGCAAUCUGAGUUGAGCCAAGCGGAGACGGUGGCGACGCUGCCGCCGCAGCCGCAGCGGAUCCGGGAGCCCCGCGAAAGGGCGAAGCCCCACGAGGACAAAGAGAAGCCGGCCCAGGAGGAGCCGAAGCCGAAUGGGCCCGAAACUGCUCUAAUAAGCUCAAUAGAAAGUCAGCCUGAAAUAGAAACACAUAGCCAAAUUAGUGAAAUUGACAUAGCUGUUAAAGAAACAGUUUUUAAAGAAGCAACAAUAGAGACUGAACCCCAAGUCAGUGUUGAAACUGAACCCGUAGUUAAUAGUGAGACAACAUUCCCCGAUAAACAAGCUCCUACUGCCACUCAGUUAUUAUCUAGCAUUGAGAAAGUUGCCAAGGAACAAGAAGCAACAAUACCUGACCUUACAGAGGAGGAGAAAAGUGCAAGUCAAGCUCAGGCGAAACUUACACAAAGCAUAGUCAGUGCAGCUCGCAAUAAUCCUGAUUCGAAGAUGAAAGAUAUUAACCUGAACAAUACUAUGCAAGAUUCGGACACUGAUAAUGGUAAUGUAAGUAAAGUAGAUAAUGUUAAGGAGGACAUGAACAAGAAUGAAAAGUCAAUGAAGAAUGUAAAAAAUAAAAAGAACAAGAAUGCCAGCACUGAGCUGCCUAAAAGCGUCGAAUCCAACGCAAUGGAGACAUAUGAAAAUGGUAAAGAUGAGACUGAUAGAACGUGUGCAUCAGAUAGCAAGGAAAUCGAUUCAGAACAGCCUCUGACCCCCAAAGAGGAAGCUGCACCUGUAUUUGUUCCUAAACAUAAGUAUAGUGAUGAUCAAUGGUCUCCAUUGAAUCGUUCUGGUGAAAAGAAGUACGACAUAAGAUUGCUGAUGCAAAUUAAGGAUGAUCCGAUGUCAAGGAAUAAGCCUAAUGCACCAUUGUUAGAAACCUGCAACAUCCUCAGGACUGCCCCAAUGCAAGAUCCGAUGCUGGUGUUCAAUCAGAUCCAAAGGCCGCUAAACGAUGCCGUCUUCCCCAACUUCCUUAAGAACUCUUCCUCAGGGAAUAUGCGCGCCCCCAUUAUGCGCGACAACAAGAAGGACGGAAGGAGUGUAGGGAACCCAACAGGCAAAGGCAGUAUGAAGUUGAACUCGCCAUCGAGCGGCAGCGGCGGACGCAAUAUCUUUAUUUCCCUUCGUGAAGAAGUGAAGCUUAAUGAGACGAAGGAUGCCUGGAAACCGGCCAGGCUAAAGAAGGAGACUCUCGACGAGCAAGAGUUGAAGACGCAGGAGCUGUACAAGAAGUUCCGCGGUAUCCUAAACAAGUUGACGCCGCAGAAGUUCGACACCCUCAUAGACAAGGUGAAAACCCUCGAGAUCGACACGCAGGAGCGGCUCGACGGCGUCAUCGAUCUGGUCUUCCAGAAGGCGAUAGACGAGCCCAACUUCUCCGAAGCCUACGCCGCCAUGUGCAACAAGCUGUCUACGCAUAGGGUCCCAGUGGCAAACUCGCACGACAACGCGUGCGUGAACUUCCGCGCGAUGAUUAUCAGCAAGUGCCAGAGCCAGUUCGUCAAAGAGGAGACUGAUGAAAACGUUAUCAAGAUACGGGCUGAAAUCGCCGAAUGCAAUGACCAGGCUAAGAAGAAGGAAUUGCAUCUGCAGCUGGAAGAACAGCAGAGACGAGUGCGUAUGCGCUCUGUUGGUAACGUCAGAUUUAUUGGUGAGCUGUACAAGUUGAAAAUGCUGACUGCCAAGAUCAUGGUAUUCUGUAUGACUCAUCUGAUCGAGAAACUCGAAGAGGAGAAGUUGGAGUGCCUUUGCAAGUUGCUGACCACGAUCGGCGAGCAGGUGGAAAGCGAGGUCAGAGAGCAGCUUGAGGCUAUCUUCAAGCGGAUGCAGGAUAUUGUCAAUGACCGCAAGAACAAGAUUAGCAGCCGUGUCCGGUUUAUGAUACAGGAUGUGAUUGAACUAAGGCGGCGCAAAUGGGUAGCCAAGAAUGUGAUCGACUCGCAGCCCAAGAUGAUGGAUCAAAUCCAGAAAGAGGCUGAACAGCACCAACGCCAUAUAGAGUUGAUGAAUUCGUCGAUGGGUGGUGGUGGAGGCGGUGGCUUCCGCCGCGAGGAAGGCGGCGGCAGGAAGCGAGGAGGUGAAGGCCGUCGCCAGGGCGGCGGAGGAAACUUCGUCGACAACACGUGGAAGACAACCUCGACUAGGAGUAGUUACGUCGUAGACACUACUAAAUUGAAGGGGGUGACGCCACAGAAGAACCUGAGCAGUAUAAAGUUGGCGCCACACCAGAGCGCGUGGAACCAAGGAUCGGGCACCAAAGUGACUCAGCAGGCCAUACCGCCCAUGACCAACCCGUUCGGUAUGCUUGAAAAUGUACAAGCCGACCCGACCUCUCUCAGAAAUAGCAAAGACUUGGCGCCAGCAGCCUACACUCAUUCGAAAUCCAUUGAAAGGUCUACUUUCAGCUCUCGUCCUGAUUUCCACUCUGGAGGUCGGUCCGGUUCAACCGUGGCUGCUCGUUCCAACUCGGGCACGCGUUCACCCUCCGUCACCCCUGCGGAACCCAUCGCGCCUCGACCGAAGACGCCAGCCGCCAAUGUCCAGCAGGAACCUCUUCCGGCAGAUAAGCAAAAAUUGGUGAAGCAAAUUGUGGAGCUAUGCCUCAUGAACCCGAACGACGACGAAAUGGUAGAGGAGAUCAAGCUAUUCUCGCCGCAGCACCACGCUGCAAUCAUCACGGAGAUAUUGAAUAUUGCAUUGGAGAAGAACGCAAAGGAAAUCGGCCUGCUAGUCAAAUCCGCGAUGCAUGUCGUCAACUCCGGCGCAAUAUCGCCAGAUAAUUUUAUGGCCGGCGUGUCGGAGAUACUCGAGUGUGCUGCCGACCUAUACAUCGAUAUACCUAUGCUGUACGAAUAUCUCGGCAAGUUUAUCGCGCCGCACAUUGAGAAGAAGAACGUGACCCUCGAACAGGUGUACAAGAGCAGUAAAAGCGUAAUCUCGGUGAAUCACGGCCACCUGCUGCUGCGAGCGGUGCUCAAGGACCUGAAAGACAGUAUGGGACCCACGUUCACGAAGUCGAAGUGGCACGAGUCCGGCCUCAAGUUCUCGCAAUGGAUGAAUGCUGAUAUGGUAUCAAAGUGGCUGUCUGACAAUCACUUUGAAUUUUUGGACGGCUCUGUGAACAUCCACGAAGACGACACGAAGCGGAUAAUGACUCCGAACGAAACGCAGAACAAGCUGCUACAGCUAAUGAAUAGCGACGAGAGCUGCGACUGCUUACGUGGAUGGGUAAAGGACAACAUCGGUGCGUCGACUUCCGAGGAGUGGUUCUUGCGGUGCCUGACGCAGGCGAUCUGCGAGCACGCCCUCUUCGGCCCCGAGCGCUCGCCCGCCGCGCAUUUCAACCACGACCGUAUGAACAAGUACUCUCCUCUCAUCGGCGACUACGCCGAGUCGCAGGCGCCGCGGGAGGCCUCGUGCCUCUUCGGAAUCCAACAGCUGAUCCAUCGGCUCGAGCAUCCGCAAGGGCUGACCUUAGAGAUAUUCCAAUACUUGCACGAGCAGUACAUAAUAUCGGUCGAAGGAUUCAUCGCUUGGGAGACGUCCGAAAAGGAACCGGAAGGGAAAGCGGUAAUGCUAAAGGCGCUGACAUCGUUCUUUACGAACAUAAGGGAGGCGGACAACGAGGACUCUUGCUCCGAGGCCUGA